CCUCGAAGUUUUUUGAAAUAAAGGCAGAUAUCAACAUGUGGAUUAUUGUGAAACAUAUCAUUGAUCUGUCAUUGAUUUCAUGAUUUAUAAUAAGACAUUUAUUAGCUGAGCUCUCAUUAAGUGUAGAAUAUGAAAACUGGUUUUUGGCUAGCCACAAUAGUAUCAUUUUUGAUUUUCAGCAUCAAGACCUCCACAAAAUGAGCCUGGCGAUCAGAACAGAGAUGGGUUGGCCACCAAGCCUGAGACUGAAGGUGUAAACAACACACCAGAACAGGCUGAGGCAAGAUCCCAGCUGAUUCUAACCCAACUGAAAGCCCUCUCGAAUGGUCUCCAGGAAGAGAUCUCGAAGAGGAGCCCAGAUCAAGAGAGGGUCAUAAACUUGUUAGAGAAUGUGAGUGACCACCUGGCAGGAGCUUGUACCCCCCAGAAGUAUGCUGGCAUAGACCAGCUAUCCUAUGAGGGGUGGCUGUUCCGGCAGCAUUUCUAUGGGCCCAUAGUUAGUACACUGCUUAAUAAUUUUACAGCAGAUGGCAUUCUGAGAAAGCAUAAAGAAUACCAUGAUAUUAUCUGGAACCUCCUCAAGGCAGGUUAUUUUGAGGAGAACCUGAAUAUUUUGCUUUGUAUUAUCAGUAAUGCAGAACUAAAAUCUGCCAAGUUGGCUGUCUCUGUUCUGGAGGACCUCUUGUUGUCUAGUUGCUUUUUGGAUUGUCUCCUGAGGCGCUGUUCAGAGCCAUUAGGGAAAGGCGAGAACGAUUCCAUGUGGGAUGAAACAGUUCGACUAUUAGUGUCACUGCCUGAGAGAACAGCCAAUAAACUUCAGAAAGAUACUCCAGAGAGACUCAUGCCAAGCAGUUUUUGUAAAAUUGUGGCCCUGCAGAUCCUCCAGGCUCUGGUUUGUGUUGCUGAUGGCUUGAAUCAUGAUGUCUCUGGUACUGUGGAACCUGUUGCUAAGCUUUUGGGACAGUUGUGCUAUGUUAGUGACACGCAAUCAGUUUUGCUUCCAAUAAUGCAUUGGUUGGGAGUGUGGGUCAAGAAAAAUCCCAUAAUUCAAAGAGUAUCCUUCAAAAUGUUUGCCAGAUUGCCCAGCUUAACAAGUGAAAGGGUCUUGACUGCACUCCUGAAGAUGAAGAUGAACUCUAAGGAUCUCUUCUCUGUGAUUGGAGACUGUGGUGUAACAAAUGCCAAGAUGAAGUAUCUUUUAACACAAAAAUUCCUAAUCACCAGACAUCUCCCUUAUACCCAGUCUGUGCCAACCAUUAUUGAUUACCUUGCUUUGGCAGACCCAACCAAUGAGUUGCUGAAAGCUUCCUUCUCCCAGUUACUUGAGGUGUGGUGUGACAAGAGCAUUGUGACACACUCUUCCUUUGAGUACCACACCUUCAUCACUAAGGGUCUUAUGGCUUGUGUCUCUCACUUCAACCCAAAGGAUGUUGAGGCUUGCAAGCAUGAAACCAUACAGAAACUGUUGCAUGGAAUGGCAAACCACUUAGACAAUCCCAGUCAGCAAAUGAAGGUAUUGGGUAUGGUCGUUGGGGAGGAGUUGACAAAAGUGCUUCACUCUGGGGGCCCAAGUCUAAAGUUUGAGUAUGAAGAUGAUGAUCUUACCCUUGAGUUGAAAGCCCUUGCUUGUAAACAGGGAGAGGAGUCUUGUCCAGAAGUGGCUCCAUCAGAUUGUGAUAGUAAUGGUACCUCUCUGUUUGAAGAAUUUGAAGCUGAAUUACAUAGCAUUGGCAUACUAAAGAAAGGUUCCCACGAGAGUUUAGAAUCUAAGAAUAAUGCAAACAGAGACAGCCACUUGCAGAAGAGAAAAGAAGAUACAAAAAAGUGCUUGAUAGAAGUGAUUAUGGAAGAUGAUUCCAAACACAUGGAAUCUAAAGCAGAACUUGACAGUGAUGAUGAUGAGUUUGAGCCCUAUGACAUGUCAAAUGACACAUGUCAGUCAAAGGUCAAGGAACCUGCAUAUCCUCAAGAAGUAUUAGAAUACAUCAUAGAAGGUGAAGUAGAUAAGGUGGAAGCAGCCCUCAGAGUAUGUGAGAGGAUUGUGCAGCAAGAAAUGAAGGAGCAAGACUCUGAGUUGGCUGUGGAGAUGACCAAGGUAUUGGUGCACCUUGACAACAAGUACAACCUGGAGGAUUUUGAUGAGAGACGUACCAGGUCACUCUGUGCACUUACAGUCUCACAUCCGCGUGAGUGUGCCUUUUACCUGGGAGGAGAAUUCUUUGAAAGGAAUUACACAAUGAAACAGAGAAAGGACAUCCUUCAAACAUUAGGGCAAGCAGCAAUAGAACUCUCAGGCGUGUCGCCUCAAUCAAACUCACUGAAAUCUGGGCAGCAGAGGAAAGCACUGCAGCCAAAUUCUAUGAAAGAGGCUGCUGGUUUCUUCUUCUUCCCACUUGUGAGAGGUGUCACAGAACCUCGACCACACCUUGACCUCUUGGAUGCAGACCGUCAUCUCUUGUGUGACCUACUUCGUACCCUUGGCCUCUUAGUGAGAGUGACAGGCCAGUGUGAGAUUACAACCAAGAUGGCUGGCUGUCUGCUGGAGCUCACCUGGUCCCUUAGGGUCCAAAACGACCCUGAAAUCAGGGGAGCAUGUUUGGAGGGUUUGUCAUCAGCGCUGGAGGCUGUCCCAGAUACAGUGCUGCUAUCUCUGGUUCCUGGGGAGAUGGUGGAACUGCGGCAGUGGCUGGCUGUGACCCUGCAACAGGACAGGGACCGCAGAUGUCAGCUCUUGGCAGCCAAGCUAGCACUCCGGCUUGACAGAUGCUUUGCUGAUAUGAUAGGCCUCCCAAAGUCAUCCUGAGUCUAUUCUGCUGAUAUUGCAAAAUAAUUAUAUUAGUGAAGAAAAUAAUUUUGUAUUAUGAGUAUGUGAUAUAUGUGAUAUCCCUUUUUUCUCAGUUUUUACAGUUGUAGAUUAUUACAACUUAGCUUGUCAUUUUAUGUUAAAAUACUUCUAUAUAGUAGAUAUUCUGAAGCAUAAGCUUUGGCCAGUCUUAAUCCAUUAUUGCUAGGGAUGUACCUUUAAGCCAUGUCCACUGUGAUCUUACUUCGAUAAUUGUGUUUACACAUAGAAUGCUCUAUAAGUGCUCAGUCACUGAGAAGUAAAUUAGUUCUACCUGUCUCACAUUUUUAUAAUGUUAUAAACAUUAGUAACAGCAAAAUAAGAUUAUGUAAAAUAUUUUCGUAAAUCAAAGAAAAGGGUUAACGGGCAAGACAGGCAGUACUUGUAAUUGGCUCAUUGGUGACUUAGCACAAGUGGAGCCAUCUAUGUGUAAAAACAAUUAAACAAGUAACUCACUGUGGGCAUAGCAUGCAUGUACACAUUAUGCCUAUUGGCAUUGGGUUAAAAUGAGUACCUGAAAACUGUCACAAUGUUCUUGAUGAUUACUUGUUUAGAGUUUAUAUUUUCUGUGCCAGAAACACACCAGGAAAGGGCAUAACUUCUGGAGGUGAUGUGAAGUGGGUGGUUACUGAAGUACAUAAUUUGAAUCACUCAUGCAGUCAUAUUUGUAUCAUUAUUAUUAUUACCAAUUAUCAUUACUAUUAUCGUCAUCUAUUUAUCACCUUUUUUAUUAUUAUUAUUAUUGAUUCAUCAUUAUGUUCCUACAAAAGUCAUUUGAUGAAAAAACUGUUUCCUUCUGUUAUUGUAACUCUAUUGUUAAACUCAACUUGCUGUAGAUGUACAUGGCUGUGAACUUGACUAGUAAAACAUUUACCCUUUUCUAA